GGCUGCAGUCACAGCGGGGAGGCUAGCUGGCUUCAUCAGCCACCGAUAUAUAAAUAGAUAUAGAUAUAGAUAUAGAUAUAUAUUUAUUAACUUAAGAGCAUAAUCUAUCUGGUCAGAUAAUGAACGGCCUUUGGAGGUGCAUGUCUGGCCGGAUGAAGUAGUUGUUAUACUUCGUGAAUCAUGGAAAACGGGAGCCGGGAGGGAUGUUGUUAUUAGCUCAGUUAGCUCUGUUAGCUCAGUUAGCUCUUAGCCACCGGUAGCUACAUCCAUUUAGUGGGCUGAGUUAGCCGAGCUGACUCAGCCCACUAAUGUCCACAGGAACACACAAUACUCCGCUUUUCUUGCUGUCCAUCGUCACCUUACUGGACGUGUUUGCUCAGUGAUGGGGGUUUCCCAGUGAAACACGUUUUCUGCAGCUAGUUAAGUGAGCAGCUGAUCCGUCCUCUGUGUUGUCUGCAGAAGUCACAUUACACACACACACAGCUUCUCCCCCGGCAGCCUGUCAUGGCUCUUGAAGCCUUCCCUCUGCACGCCCUGGUGUGGAGCAAUCAGUACCUGGAGCUCGACCUGGAGCUGCAGAAGAAAGAGCAGGAUAUGGAGAGCCUGGAUCCGAGAGGGCGCACCCCGCUGGAGCUGGCUGUGUGUCUGGGCCACCUGGAGUCGACCCGGGUGCUGCUCAGGCACACUGCAGACACGACGCACAAUAACUCACAGGGCUGGACCAUCUUGCAGGAGGCGGUGAGCACCGGGGACCCUGAGCUGGUUCAGCUGGUGCUUCAGUACAGAGACUACAAACGGGCCACUGAGAGAUUGGCCGGCAUCCCAGAGCUGCUCAGCAAACUAAGACAGGCACAGGACUUUUAUGUGGAGAUGAAGUGGGAGUUCACCAGUUGGGUGCCCUUGGUGUCCAAGGUGUGUCCCAGUGACGUCUACCGAGUGUGGAAGAGUGGCUCGUGCCUCCGCGUGGACACCACCCUCCUGGGCUUCGAACACAUGACCUGGCUGAAAGGACGACGCAGCUAUAUCUUCAAGGGCGGAGAUGAAGGUGCUGUGGUGAUGGAGGUGGACCAUGAGAAGCAGGUGGUGUACACAGAGCCACUGGUGUUGUCUCCCCGUGACGCGCCCUCCCUCCUGGCAGCCAUGCAGCCAUCGCAGGAGAACACAGCCCAGAGACUCACAUCGCCCAUCGUCUCCACGCACCUCAACACACGCAACAUUGCCUUUGAACGGAACAAGUCGGGAAUCUGGGGCUGGCGUUCUGAGAAGAGUGAGGUGGUCAGCGGGUACGAAGCGAAGGUUUACAGCGCCACCAAUGUUGAGCUGGUGACUCGGUCGAGGACAGAGCAUUUAUCAGACCAGGAUAAGUCGAGGAGCAAAGGCUCAAAGACUCCUCUGCAGUCCUUCCUGGGGAUUGCUGAACAACAUACAGCUCACAAUGGGAGUAAUGUGGCCCAGUGUGCCAGUCCUCACAACCCCACAGACAUCACAGCUGAGGAGUACUUCAACCCGGAGUUCAACCUGAACGGCCGGGACAUCGGACGUCCCGUCGAGCUUUCGAGCAAAGUCCAGAGGUUUAAGGCGACACUGUGGUUGAGUGAGAGUCACCCUCUGUCCCUGGCCGAGCAGGUGACACCCAUCAUCGACCUCAUGGCCAUCUCCAACGCCCACUUUGCCAAGCUGCGUGACUUCAUCACCCUGCGCCUGCCGCCAGGCUUCCCUGUCAAGAUAGAGAUUCCUCUGUUUCACGUGUUGAAUGCCAGAGUGACGUUCAGUAACCUGUGUGGCUGCGAUGAGCCGGUCAGCUCUGUGACGGUUCACACACCAGAGUGCUCCGACGAAGCUGGUCAAGCUCCACCUCCCUUCCACUGUGAGGUGGACCCCUCGGUGUUUGAACCCCCUGCAGACUACACCACCCUCGGUCCAGGCCGCAGCGAGCCAAUGAGGGACGAGGAUGACAACCUGCUGCAGUUUGCCAUCCAGCAGAGCCUGCUGGACGCCGGCACAGAGAGUGACCAGGUGACCAUCUGGGAGGCCCUGACCAACAGCCGCCCGGUGCCCCAGUCUCCGCUGUACGAGGAAGACUCUCAGCUGGAGAGGGCAAUCCAGGAGUCUCUGUCCAUCUCACUGGCCAGCAGAGAGGAAGAAGACACGGCCGACUCCAACCAGCCUGCUGCCAUCUCCCCGUCUGACCCCACCCCCACCGCCAACUCCCCGCUCUCCUACAGCACAGUGACCGAUCCGCGGUUGUCGGGACACUUCGGUGUGGAGUCGAGCUUUGACGAGCAGCUGCGUAUCGCCAUGGAGAUGUCGUGCCGGGAACAGGAGGAGAUGGACAGGAAGCAGAAGGAGGAAGAGGAUGAGCUGGAGAGGAUCCUGCAGCUGUCACUCACCGAGAAGUAAUGUCACAACAACAACAAUGGAGGUGUUUCUUCAUUGGGGAACAAUCUUCUUAAUUUAUUCUGUUUUUAUUUUUUAAAUCCUGAGAUGUUAAGUUAUUACAGAUACUUUAUUUGUCUUUAUCACACAAAGGCUGCUACAACAGAUUGUAAAGGACCAGAAUAUAAGAAGUGGGAGGUGGGAGGGAUGAAUAAGAAGAGGUACUCUGACACACAACAGUUAGAGGAGACAAAAUAGAGGGAGUCUUUGUUUUUCUUUUUUUAUUGAAUAUUUUUCACAGUCUUGCUGUCUUCAUUGAGUGAUGAAUGAACCUUAAACUUUAAUCCUAUAUCAUGUUCCAUGAUAAUUAUGAAAAAUAAGAAAAUACAAUCUUAAUGGAAUAACUUAUAAAAAAUAUGAUUAUAACAUUUGAAACAUUUCUGUUGGCUUACUCCUAUGUGUGAAAAAUAAAGAAUAAUGAUCAUCCUGGAUCAUGUUUUUUUUUUAUUCAGUGGUUUUGAAGAGAGAAGCAAACAUAAGAUUAUGUGUAUGUUUAGUUUUGAAUUUUACAGUUGGAUCAUUCUUUCAUAUCAAAAGAGGACAAUCUAUAGAUUCAAUAAUUGACAUGGAAUUAUGACAUGAUGUUCGUUUUUAUACAUAAUAACAUAAUAACCUUCCAAACUAUGAAACAACAAGUCACGUAAUUGAUAAAUUUUGUUUGUGUCAUUAAUAGUAUAAUAUGUAAAUGAUCGUUAGCCGAUGUUUAAUCAUAUUCUAAUCUAUUCUAACCUGGGUCAUGAUUAAGCGGUUAUCUCUCGUCAUUUAAAAACAAAAGCUACAUACUACACCACUAAACAGUCACAGUGAUAUGUAAAUGUUUCAUCGCGAAAAUUAUAGUAUACAUUAAUAUUCUGUUUUGAAGUUAUAGGCUACUGUUGCAAUGUAAAAAUUGUGUCUAUUCAAAUGGAAGGGGUCUCAAACUAACGG